AUGUUCCCCAGGGCGCCAGAAAACGGGUAUCCCAGGCUCGCCUUUCUGCACUGCGAUGCAUGUAGCGGCCGCAAAUGCUUCUACCCACCUCCCGCUGACAAUGUCCCCAUCUCACGCUCGAAGCUGGAAAACCUUAUCGCAACGAGAGACACCCUGCAGCAGACGCUCGAGCAAGCCAUAUUAGAGGUGCCCGAUGUCGGUGCCCGCAUGAGGUUCCAAGCACAACUACAACAAGUCGUUGAUUCCAUGGCCCCCAGCGUGGCAUCUACUCGUGACGACGAACAGCAACACAUGUCGCCCGCCACGUCCAGCUCAACUUUAGGCUCGUCUCCACAAAGCAGCUCAUCCCAGCAACACCGAAGCCAUCAAUCAACACACACUACUGGCGAUGCCGAUGCGGCACCCACUGAAGGGUCUUUGCUCCAGGAUCACGAUGGUACCAAACGUUGGCUGGGUGGGACCUCGGGUGCCACGUUCCUGGACCAUCUCAAGAAUUUUAUGCACACACUGAAAUCCGCCCUUGGAUACAACGAAACGCCCACCGAGACAGCUCCCGGCUCCUCCUUUUUAGCCUCUCGCGGGCAAUACCAGACUUCGGACUCGCGACUACUCUACAUGCCCACACUCGACAACGCCAACGCAGUUGCCCAGAUCAGUGAUGAACAGGCCGAGCGCUUGCUUUUCCAAGUCAACAAACACGUACAGAGCCCCACGGGCCAGUGGCCGUGUGGGGGAAUCUACUAUUUUGGCGACCUUUCGUUACAGGGUUGGAAAAGCGCGCAAGGCCGGGAACUUGCGCUCUACCAUGCUGCCUUCGCGCUGGGAACUAUAUUCUCCCUGACUACGGCCAACUCUAGGCAAGAUGGGCAGUUGGGAGAAUUGUUCCUUGCAACAGCUCGCAAGAUCCUCGGGGACCCUUGGGACAUUUCGCGCUAUAGCAUUCGAGAUGUUCCUGCCCUGGCUCUCAUGGCCAUGUACAUGGCGGAAGUCAAUCGGCGAGAUAAUUCGUACAACUACUUGUCUCAUGCUAUGAGCAUUUGUUGCAUGUGCGGUGGACUGAGAGGCCUCUCGGGGGACGAGAAAGAUAUCCGCAUAGUAUGGACACUCUUCUGCCUGACCAGAGACGUCGGUUGUCUCAUGGGUAGGCCGCCCAUGUACCCAGACGAAGCUUUCCAGCUACACGAACCUCGGAGAGUGAUGGGGUUGCCUUCUCCGGACGGCUUGAUAGCUCACGUUGAGCUGGCUAGGAUUGCGGGCUAUAUCGUCUCCAACACAUACUCCAUUGCGCCUACUGUAGAGGCCGACCAGGACUUGCAAGCUCAAGUCCAGGAGCCCAUGAACAAAUUGGAAAAGUGGCGAAGGGAGCUUCCAGACCGUCUUCAAAUGCCUUUGGAUCUUCAAGCACAGCCCCAGAUACCGUUCCAUGAUGGCAUGCACGACGAUCCCGAUGAGUUGUACACAGAUCGAGCUCUAUGCACAUUACACAUGAAGUGUAACCAGCUGAUAAUUCUCACACUCCGCCCGAUUUUCUUUCUCGCCGUGAAAUCCUACAUUGGUGGGGACUUGAUCAAAGUGCCGCGUGACAUUUAUGAUCACGAGCACAUUAGUUUCCUCCAGGAGUGCGCCAAUGCCGCACGACGCAACCUACGGCUGGGGCGGCACAUUUUGAUGCGGUGCAACCCUGGUGAAAAACCGCCAGGCAAACCGAUCAUGAUGGACCUCCACCACAUCUUCAACGCAGCGGUGAUCAUGCUUCUGUAUCAGAUGGUAUUCACCUCGUUUCAUUCGGGGGACGCGCCAGCGCUCCGUACCGCAAUUCAGACCUUUGAGAGGGAGGCCCAGACGGAGUGCCUGUCCAAAACUAACAGAAAUAGCAACAUAGGGAAGGGAUCAAGGCCAACAGGUUAUGCAUCAGACUGUCUGGGCGUACUCAAGGAUCUGACGGAGCUCGUGGACCGGAUACGGCCCUUGCGGUUUAAAGAGCACGCCAGCACGAGUGAGGAUGAAAUGGCAUGGACCAAUGGAGUCUGUCUCGGGGGUGACGAGGCCCUCGAGGCCAACCUUGCUAUGCCUUUUGAUAUCGAAGGCCUCUACAGCCCCUUGGUGUUCCCCGGCGCACCGCCCGAGGGCCACACCCACGGAAAGGUGCUGCAAAUGUGGAUGGAUGGGGAGAGCACGAUGGAUGCGGCGUGGGAUGUCUGGCACGUCAUUUAG